GCGCAGUCCGUUUUACUUUCGCAGGGGAGCUGUGUUUUGAACUUUCUGUUGUUAUUUUGAUAAAUUGUCUGAAGGAGAUUCUUCAAAAUACAUUGAGGCGGCAAUGUCUGCGGGGACGUACGUGCGCGCCGUCUACCCGUUCACGGCCGGCGAGUCAACCGACCUGAGCCUGAGCGCCGGAGAUGUGAUCCGCAUCGGACCGCAGCCGGUCGCCGGCGCCGACACCUCUGCGUGGCUGCACGGACAGAAUGUGUUCUCACUGGCCAGCGGCUACUUUCCACGCUCUCACGUGCACGUCAUGGACGAGGCGGAGGUGUCUGGACUGAUCCACGGACCCCCUCGCGGCCGCUGGAGCGGGGGCCGGGGCCGGCCGGCGCCCAUCCAGCCGGACGAGUGUCGGGAGCUCAACAAUGACUCGGGAUACGUCGGGUCGCCGCUCAAAGGAACGGCCGGUCGUCCCAUCUACACUCAUCUUCUGCAGGCAGUCUACGUCACCACACCAGUCUUCUGCGUCCACUGUGGAGACUACAUCUGGGGAACGGGUCCGUGCGCACACCGGUGUACAGAGUGCAGCGGCUCGUACCACGGCCCGUGCGCGCGCUGCAGUCCGCUGUACCCGUGUCAGCGGAACGGGGCCGCUGAGUCGCCGGCCACCCGCACCUUCACCGAACAGGUGCCCUUCUCAUCCUCUACCGCAGAUACAGUGCUCCUGCUGCCACUGCUGGGACCUCGCUGGAGUCGCUCCUGUUCCUGGCCUGGAACCGGCAUAUCCUGGGAGGACGUGGUGCCGACCAUCCUGCUCCUGCCACUACUCCAGCCUCGUUCCUGGCUGGGGUUCUUUGUUAUCAACCCCGCCAAUACACAAGUGGACGGCCAACAAUGUGCUUGAAUGGGUGGGGUCAAUCAACAUGAUAUCUACUGCUGAAUGCUUGAAGUCUAUGAACGUUGAUGGUAUGCAACUUCUCAAUCUGGACAAGGAGAAAUUGAUGAGUAUGGGCAUCAAGGACCCGUUCACCCAGACUAUGCUGCUGAUGGCCGUGCGCCGACUACAGGCGGGUGAGGGCGGGGCGGCCGGAGAGAUCCGGCCCGGCCACCCGCCCGCCGGCCACUCGGCUUCCGAGCACCAGCUGCGACAGGACAGCUUCAGCACACUUCGAACCUGCGACGUGUGUGGACUGUACCUGAUCGGAACGGACCACCAGGGAUAUAGCUGCACCGAGUGCGGCCUGGUGGUGCACCGGCGCUGCGGCUCCCAGCCGGCCGGCCUGCCCGCCUGCGAGCCCGGAACCGUGGGCCGGCCGGCGCCGUCCCUGUUCGGCGCCGAGCUCACCGCCACCUUCCAGUCCGGCCGACAGCUGGGGCCGCCCGUGCUGAUCGCCUGUCUAUCGGCGCUGGAGCGUCUCUGCGAGCGCGACCGGCACAUCAACUGCUAUGAGAUCUACGAGGAGACGACGCCGACCUGGGACGACCUGAAGCCGCUGCGGGACGCCCUGGAGCGCGAUCCGGAGGGCGCCGACCUCGGCGAGUUUGACCUCUCACACGUGAGCUGUCUGGUGAAAAAGUACCUGGCCCAGCUGCCCAACCCUGUGAUACCUACAGAAGCUUAUGAGGACAUGUUGACACUUGCCAAAGCCUACAAGGAUAGCGCGGAGGGGUGCGCGCCGGAUGUGGACGCGUUCGUGUCGCGCCUGCAGGACCACCACGCUGCCACUCUGCGACUGGUGAUGCGCCAUGUGUGCCGUCUGUGUCGGCUACAGCAGGACCGGGGCUGCCGCUUCCCGCCCGCGCAGCUGCUCAAGACGCUCAGCUUUGUCCUCAUCCGGCCUCCGUACGACCAGCUAACGACGUGGGUGGAGCGAUCGUCUCUUCACACACGCGUAUUGGAGCUGCUCGUGAUGAACUACGAGUGGGGUGGGCCGAAUGUGACCGCGUGGGACCCGCCGCCGCCGGCCCUGCCUCCCCGACCCAGCCGGGAUGCCACGCCGCGCAUCAGCCGGGAGUCGUCUCAGCCAACCUACCUGCGCCGCGAGCUCGACCCCAAGCCUGAGUGGUACUGGGGCAACAUCAGUCGCGAGGAGGCCUCCGAGAAGCUCAACGGCCAGCCGGACGGCACGUUCCUGGUGCGGGACUCUCAGACGGCCAGCGGCGAGUACACGCUCUGUCUGCGCAAGGGCGGCAACAACCGGCUCAUCCGCAUCUGCUCCAAAUACGGCAAAUUCGGCUUCUCGGAGCCGUACCAGUUCGACUCGGUGGCGAGUCUGAUCGACCACUACCGGAGAGAAAGCCUGAGGGAAUACAACGCUCAGCUGGACGUGCGGCUCGAGAGGCCCCUCGCGGAGCCGCGACCGCACGCCUCCGAAUCUGCGGCUGAGCUCAUCAAGAAGCUGUGCAAAGCCCACGCGAGGCACGACAAGCUCGAGGGCGAGCUGGAGCGGCUGGAGAAGCUGAAAAACUCUGUCACGGAGCGCAUCACCAUCCAGAAGAAGGCGCUCGAGGCGUAUAUCGAGCUCGUGCAUAUGCUGGAGAAACAACGCGAACUGCACUUGGCUAACCGCAGCAAAGCGCAGCUCCAUGAGAAAGAACAGCUCUCAAAGAACUUCCAGCUACUGGAGAGCAGGUUGGAGCAGGUGCGGCACUGCAAGGAGCAGGUGGAGGAGGAGCUGGCCAAGCAGCAUCCGUACGCGCGCACUACCGACCAUGGCCUGAUCAGCGUGCGGCAGGAGGAGCGCAGUCUGCAGCAGUUCAAGAGCGAGGUUUUGAGGGAGCUGCGCUGGCGCGGCAUCACCCAGGACCGGUUGGAGAAGCUGCAGGUCGGCAAGGACACCGAUGUCACAGACAGGGGCGCCGGCGUCACCCCGCUCUCCGAACAGGAGGAGUACUGGCUGCUCGAGGACUGGGACCGGCAGCGUGCCGACGCUGUGCUGAGCGACAAGCCGGACGGUACGUUCCUGAUCCGGCGGCGCCGCGAUCGGCCAGAGAUGUACGUCCUGUCGAUCCGCGCUCUGGGCCAGGUACAGCACUGUCUAAUCGACCGAACGGAGCGCGGCUUUGGCUUCUCGAAGCCGUACGCCAUUCACGCUAGCCUGCACGCCCUGGUCGACCACUACGCCGAGAAUGAGCUGGGCGAGUUCAACGACAAGCUGCCGACGCGGCUCAAGUACCCGGCGCUGGCCAGACCACCGGCCGACUAUCUCUGCCUGCCCGACUGAGUGGCGGCGGCAGACACAGCGCGAGAAGGACAGACGGGCAGCAGCGCAUAUCUGUGAUGGUGUGGGCCGCGGCACCGGUCCUCUAGUCAUGCCGAGCGCCCGGGCGAGUACAAACGACGGCCGGAGCCGGCCGCACCGAGACGCACCUCGGCGAGUCUCCCCGAGAGGCCGGGCUCAUGCCGAGGCACGCCGGAACGGGACGCGAGAGCGCAGUUCACAUACGAGUUUUCGUUAAAGUAUUGUUGGCGGCGUGCGAGGUUCGGGCUCGGAUAGCGCCGCGGACGGCCGGUGGGUCCGGCGGUCGGCUCACGCCCGAGCCGAAUGCUGUGUGUUGCUGGUCGCUGGACGGCGUAGUGCAGUCGGCAGGUUACAGGCUGUUCAUGUACUUGUGAUAUCGGCGAACUGAGGCAGCGGGGCGACCCAGGCGACCGGCCGGUGCGGCCACUUCACGCCCACCGGCCGGACCGCCCGCUCGCUGCUUUUAAUUUAUCAUGAAAGGUUCGCUCGACUGUUUUGUAAGAUCGUUGUGCGCAUAUGUGUGGCCGGCUGCGCGUGGCACACGCUCUUGUCUUAAUUCCAUUAUUUAUGUUGAGUGGGUGUGUCGAGGUGUAAGGACAGUCGUUCACACCAGGCUUUCGAAUGCAUCGUGUAAUCAUGUUGAAGAGACGUUGUUUUGGUCGCGCCCUUUGUACAGCAGUUAAUUGAGAAAGAAUACAGGGAAACUGCUCUA